AACCAACUUACAGAAAGCCAACCAUGGCUCCCAUAUUCCCAAAACGGACGGAGUCAGAUCAGGUAGGUGGAUUGUCGGAGCCUCAUAAACAGACAUGUUUGUUUCGAGUCGAGCUCAUGCGCAUGCAAUCUUCGACAGCGGGCUGCGCUCUGGAGCUUCCACGGACGUCCUGCAUGUUGCGCAUAGGCACUUCAGUCCGUUGGAGACACGAGAGCUAACAAAUUGCUCUAGGUUUCUUCAACAGAGAUGCGCUCCGUCGCGAAAAUGAACGCCCACAUCAAGAGCGCAGAGGAGAACCUCCAAGGAAGCCGUGACGCGAUCGCCGCCCUGGAAGACGAUCUAAAAGCACUUCAAAUCCUCGCCAUUUCGCCCAAGCUAUACUUCGCCGCGGAGAACGCACCGCGCGCCGCUCGUGAAGCGAAACUCCAGCUUGACCUCGCUCGGUAUCGCCUGACGGAGGUGGAGAAUGAGAAGCAGGCGCUCAGCAUAAAGUAUCUAGCGGCUAGGCAGUCGCAGGAAGAUCUCAAGAGCAGAAACAAAGAGUUGGUGGAAAAGGUCAUGGGGCUGGAACGCAGAGUGGUCGAGUUGAGUAGUGAAAAAGAUGAUGGCAUGGGCGAUAGGAAGGAUAGCGGCACCGGGGUCGCCGACACCGGUAUGCCGGAUCACAAGGAUGAUCGGUACAAGUCGAAAAUACGCAACACCAGUAAUGUAGAGAAAGGCGUUGAGAAGGGCGCGAAGAGCAAGAAGAGUAGAAAGACCGCACCACACGAGGUAGAGGAAACAGAUGUAAGUCUAGAGCGAAUGAGGACAACGACAAAAACACCAGUGGAGCUGGAAUACGCUCUGACCAACGCGAAGAAAGAAAUACAGGCUUUGAAAUCCCGACUGGAGCAUAUCAGGGCAGAGCGCGAUCGGCUCCUAGCGGACGUAGAAGCGGCGGUCCCAUCCUACAUUUACGAAGCCCAGCUACGCGACGUUCACGCAAACGCCAAUGAAGAGCUCGCGCGGACCGGAGGCCAGCUUGAAGAACUGAGGCAAGCACAUGACUGGGCGGUGCGGUCAUACUGGAGUAUUCUCGAACAACUGGAUGCCGCAAAGGCCCUCAACGUCCAACUCACGGCCGAACUGGACGAGGCCCGGAUUGAGCAAGAAGAGCUGUGCAAGCAGUUAGAAGAGACCUUGCCUGAGUGUUGCACAGGACAGCUCGACUGCACAAGUUGCGUGUAUCAUCUGACUCGGGCAUUGCGAAUUUCCCAAUCAGCAGAGAAUGCAGCCCUGGAAAUGGCAGACCAGGCGAACAUGGAGCGUAUGAGGACCUGGAACGAACUACAAGAGAUCAAAUGGUCCCUAGCCCAGCGUCCAGCAACGAAUCGCCUGAGCUUCGCGUUGCCAACCAUUCAAGAAGAGGACGGGGACGGGAACGAAUGCGGAAGCCAGAACGUUGCGGCAAACCGGGAACGACGAAUGGUUGUGGAAAAUAAUCUUUUUGUUGAAGAAGCCGAAGCGAGUCAAGAUGGGGACGGUGACAGUGACGACGAGUCGAUUGUUAUCGUCCUGGAGUCGGAAGCCGCUGAGUCUAGAGCCGCGACGAUCAGGGCCCCUCCGCCUUCAUCGGUGGAAGAUGCCCAGGUUGACGCAGUUGUAAUGGGACAUCGCUCUGCUGACUCAAUUUCAGUUCCAUCUCGGGAAGAACCUGCCCCUCUGAUCGCCAUUGAUACCUGGGAAGCAGAAGCACUGUCCGAACGGAUAUCCCCGUCUGCGAGCCGCUUCACGACAUCUGAGUGGCAGAAGAGCUCGGUCCCGGUUCUUGAUAGUGCCAAUGUCGUCCGCACGGAGCCUGCGGUAAAGGACGUGGGGACUGAUAUCCGUCUUGCGUCUCCUGCCCUUUCCACUAAAGAGGACGAUACCAAAGGAACAAACAUGGCGCAAUCGUCCACGGCACCAUCUAACCAGCCUACAACCUCAAGGUCCGUCAGCGCUUCCAAACGCGCUUCAGAAAGACUGAAUGACCGUAGGCAACGUGUUUGUCCAGAUUGCUAUGGAUUUGCGCGACGCUCAUUUCUGACACAUUUGACCGGCCUCAAACCUGAGGCGAGAUCCAGACAAACCCGCGAGGCUUGAAGUGUCUGGGCGCAAGGUCGAACUCUGCUGGCUUCUCAUUUUCAUUUGGGUGGACGAUGCUCGGCAUUUUGGUACAAGGGUUUUCCGCGAUAAGUGUAGUUUCUCUUUGUGUGCAGCCCUGCGGUACAUGUAUGUAGGUGAAAUCUGGGACGGGCAGUAUCUGCGAUUCGCGAAUUUUCCUUCCCUCUGUCGUAUGUCGAAAAAAAAAAGAAAAGUUUAAAGAAUACCAGAAUGAUUUAUACAAAGUUCCUUUGGAAGAGCGUGAGAAUUUGAACGAAGUGACCUUCAAAAU